AUGGAGAAACUACCAUUAACGAUGACUAAUGAAGAAUAUCAGAAGUUUGCAACCAGCGGCUAUUUUGCUAUGCGACGCUCUGAUCGCUUUUGGUCAGGCGUGUGGUCAGAUAUGACAAUUGAAACCACAUUGAUGCGAUCACUCAAAAGCCCUCGCAUAACUGGAGGCAGAGGUGUUUUGCACAGCGUACUCACCAAGUGGUUAGUUGGUAUGAGUGCAACUCAUGAGGUAUGCACUUCGCUUGAAGAGUUUGCUGUAGUCAUAUUCACGUCAAGUGAACAACACAAGGACCUUGGACAAGCCCGCAGAAGUAGAGAUACAGCAGACAUUGUCAGACAAACCUGA